CGCACCGCUCCAGCCCAUGGAGCACUACCUGCAGUACGCGCCCACCAAGCGCGUCACCAAAGCCAGCCUCCCCCGGAAAACCCCCGUCAGAGACUACGCGCAGCCCGUCACCACGCCGUGGGUCGUCGCCCUGCCGCCCGGGAGCCUGGCGACGCUGCUCAUGGGCUUCCGCGCCCAGAUCAUGGACCACAAGUGGCAUGUGUAUGCCGACGGCCCCGACCCCGACGGGCGCGUGGACGUGCACUUUGUGCGCAGCUGGACGGGCAACCCAAUCGUCACGGCACGCAUCGAGACGCAGCGGCGGCCAGAGGACGCCCAGCAAGGAGAGGCAAGGGAGGAUGCAGAGCCAGAGGCGCGCAUCGUGGAGAUUACCUGGGAGGCCGACCGCACCCGUGGGCCGUUCAUUCAUACCCCGACAGAGGACACUGCCCGGAAUUGGGUGCUUGACGUUUGCGACUGGGUCUUUGGCAUCCGACUCCCCGGACAGACCGGAGAGUACAAGAGCCUCCAGAUCUGCGAGGAUGAUGAGUAAACGGUGGUAUAGCGUCCAGGCGUGAGAAGGAAAAACUCCAUUAUCAUCUAGAAAGAUCCCAGAACGCUAUGUAGCAAAGUCGGCCC